UCCAUCCCUCUGUCUUGUUUUGUGUAUUGUCUUACAGGAUGUGAGACGUUCAUGGACAUCGUGAUCGUUCUGGACGGUUCCAACUCCAUCUAUCCGUGGUACGAGGUCAGGGACUUCCUCAUCACCAUCCUGCAGAAGUUCUACAUCGGCCCAGGUCAGACGCAGGUGGGUGUGGUUCAGUACGGCUCCACGGUGGUCCAUGAGUUCGGUCUGGGUGAGUACCAGACAGUGGAGGAGGUGGUGGAGGCCGCCAGGGGCAUCGACCAGCGGGGCGGCGAGGAGACGAGGACGGCGCUGGGCAUCAACGUGGCGCGGUCGGAUGCGUUCAAGCGCGGCGGCCGACCCGGCGCUCAAAAGGUGAUGAUUGUGAUCACGGACGGAGAAUCUCACGAUAGUCCACAGCUGGUGCAGGCCGUCGCCGACAGCGAGAGAGACAAUGUCACCAUGUACGCCAUCGCUGUUCUGGGUUAUUACAACCGUCGAGGAAUCAACCCCGAAGCCUUUCUGAAGGAAAUCAAGUUCAUCGCCAGCGACCCGGAUGAGAAGCACUUCUUCAAUGUGUCGGACGAGUCGGCGCUGAAGGACAUCGCGGACGCGCUGGGAGAGAGGAUCUUCUCUCUGGAAGGAACCAGCAGUCAGGGUCGAGGGUUCGGUCUGCAGAUGGCUCAGGCUGGUUUCUCCUCACACUUAGUCAAAGACGGCAUUCUGCUCGGGGCGGUCGGCGCCUACGACUGGAACGGCGCCGUGCUGAAAGAGACGAAACACGGCAAAGUCGUUCCACCAAAAUCCUCGUACAAGGACGAGUUUCCAGAGGAGCUGAAGAACCACGGAGCUUAUCUUGGUUACUCGGUGGGUUCACUCAUUUCGUCUCGGGGCUCUCAGCUCUACGUGGCCGGAGCUCCGAGGUUCAACCACACCGGGAAGGUCAUCAUCUUCAGCCUGAAGAACACGGGGAACCUGACCAUCCUGCAGGCCCUGCUGGGGGAGCAGAUCGGCUCAUAUUUCGGCAGUGAGUUGUUGUCGAUAGACGUAGACGAUGACGGACAGUCGGACGUACUGGUGGUGGCAGCUCCCAUGUUCUACAGUCAAGGCUGGGAGAGAGGGAAGGUCUACAUCUACACGGUGACUCCACAGGUAUCGUUCAUGCUGCAGGGGGCGCUGGAGGUUUCUGACCGCUCUCAGAACUCCCGGCUGGGUUCGGCGUUGGCCCAGAUACCUGACAUGAACGGGGACGGCUUCAGGGAGCUUGUGAUGGGAGCGCCGCUGGAGGACGACCACCAGGGGGCGGUCUACAUCUUUUAUGGCAAGGACAAAACCAUCCAACACCAGUACAGACAGCGUCUCUCUGCAGCCGGGUUUUCUGCAGGUCUGCAGUAUUUCGGUCAAAGUCUUCACGGUGUUCUGGACGUCAAUGCAGACGGGCUGGUCGACCUCGCUGUGGGAGCACUGGGAGCGGCUGUCAUCAUCUGGUCUCGUGGUGUGGUGCGGAUUCAGGCCAAGCUCAUCUUUGAACCCGAGAAGGUCAACGUCUUUAACAAAGACUGUCGUCGAGGCGGGAAGGAGGUCACUUGCAUGUCUGUUAACGUCUGUCUGAGUCUGGACGCCAGGACAAAGACCAAGACAAAGACCAGGACGGAUGUUGGUGGGUGGGAUGCACAUGCUAACUAUUCAUAUGCCCAAACUAAGAUUACCAAACCGGGGCUAAGAGGGCCUCGGAUAUUUGAAAGUGCUCAAGCUGGACUUGAUGCCAUGCCCAGCUCCAACAGCAGUGUGCCUUUGAGCAAAGCGUUACCUCCCAGCUGCCCAGUAGCAGCUUGUGGUUGGAGCCCACAGCUUCCUGAAUGCAUGGAGAUCCAGAACUUGGGCAUCUUCUUGGUGCAGGACGUCCUGUUCAGAGCUGAUAUCUGGGCUGUGACCCGACGGGGGAACCAGCUGGUCAGCAUCACGGACUUCAGCAUCGAGCAGGUGGCCGGGUCUCACUGCAUGCUGCCUCAGCCCAGAACAACCGAUCAGGUGACAGCAGAGGACCUGUCUCACCUCUCUCAGCUGAACCUCAGUAACAGUGUGAGCCUGUCU